AUGGAAGAAGAAGAAGGUGGCACGCGGAAGGUUGUUGAUUGCGGUGAGCAUUCACAUUCUUAACUCUUCGAGGAGGAAGAUGUCCCGUCAGCAAUGGAGGAGUCCCUCCAUUGAUCAAGAAGCCCCGAAAGUUAAGCGGGCCACGGUUUCUAUCGUGCCGACCUCAGCUGCCUAUGCGCCCUUCCAGAAGCCAUCGGGACAUGCCUCCAAGUACUAUACUGCCUCAUUGGUGCUGGAGGAACAACCGCAUGUCGCGGAAAAGGAAACGAAGCUGCAGCGCCACACCACCGUCACCUUCCAGGAGCCGUCAAGUACAUCAGAGACGUUCACGCAGGAUUCCUCAACUGGACACCAAGAGUUCCUGCGAGAAAUAGAGCUUGUGAGCAAGGCUCCCAUUCAUUCGAGUCGCCACCCGAGUAUAAUACGCGGGUCUCGGAUUGAAGCCAUCCGUCGUGUGGUGUCACCCGGAGCCCGCAGUGUGAGCCCUACUACAGUUGCAGAGUCGGCGGAACCAGUAGGCAGCAUUCUUAUCGAAACGCGCGUUGUCCAGAACGCGCCAUCUUUUCCAUCGGCACUGUCGUACGUUUCGCAUGUCGACGCCGGUUGUCGUCAACCUCGUGACGUGUAUGAAGGGCGACCUCCCAAGGAACCUGCGGCCGUUGCUGUGCAGCCAUACCUAGAUAAACCUUACCGUGGUCAAUACCGCGAAACGCAGCCACAACAAGAACAUGCGUACUUCCAAGGACAAAUUCCACCUGACCAGUCUUCUGCAAAGCUGCAUCUUCAGGGAAAGCCGUUGUUUCUUGGACAGUACCAACAACAACAAUCCCGCCCGAAACUACCACCGCAAGAACUGCGGCGACAACCUGGCCCAACUGAAUCUGGAUACUCUUUUCCCGAUCAGUUCCGCCUGAGACCACCUUAUCAGGACUGUCCACAGUCAGUUCUUCCUCAACCCGAUCAAUCUCACCCCAUACUGUCUCAUCAAGGUCAUACACAACCAAGACUUCCCCCUAGCGUACAAGGGUAUUCUCCCCACGCGGUACCUCACCAGUGUCAGAUCUACACUGGUCAGACAAGAUCACCACUGCCUUUCCGCUAUGUUUCUCCAAGUCGCACAAUCCCUCCCCCUCCAACUGCUGUUUUGCCAAGCCGAUCAGACUCGCCUCAUGGUGCUCCAAGACACCCAAGUCCCAGCCACUUGCAGCAUCCACCGCGUGAAAUUUCACAGCCGUCGGGUGUAUCACUGCCCUCGGAAAAAUCAGUCGGGUCCGAUGUUCACGACCCUCACAAGAUCGUAUUGACGAGCGAAGAAGACAUCCGUGCUCUGAAAAAGAUUCGUAUUAGGCGGUAUUUGCUACAAGAAUGGGUCAUCGUGUGGCUAUUUAUUGUUACCUUAGCGGUCGCUUGCCUCUGCUUUUUGGUCGUUCGAGCGUGGCGGCUUCCCAGAAUCGAGGGCUACAUGCAGGAAGACCUCAAAACGCUCCGCAGCCUCGUUCGAACUAGGUACUUCUUCAACGACAGCAUCGAGAGAUACCUUGUAGCACUCCCACGAGCUGAAAAAUUAAAAGGAUACCUCAGGGAGUUGAGCAAAGAAGUGCACGUUGCGGGAACUAAGGCGCAAUACGCCGUUGCCGAGUACAUCGAAGAUGUAUGGAAAUCCAAUGGUCUCGAUACGACGAAAAUGAUCAACUUCUCUGUCAUUUUGUCAUCGCCUAGCCCCGAUGGCAGAAACACGGUUGAACUGUGUGAUGAACAAGGAUCCGAGUUGUUCACGAUUGAUGGGGAGGAGUCCACACAUCUGGUAUCACUGUUUAUGCCUCCGUACAAUGCGUACUCACCUGCUGGUAAUCUGAAGGCUGCGAUCAUCUAUUGCAACCGGUGCCUCCCAAGCGACUUUAUCACCCUGUCCAACAUGGGAGUACAUGUGUCGAAGAAGAUUUGCCUCUGUCGGGAUUCGCACAAGAUAGCACCCGGAGAUGUGUUGGGAUCGGCAGCCAAAGAGAACGUGGCUGGCGUUCUUUUUUUCCUCGACCCGAAGGACGUUGCUCCAGACAAGGGUAGACCUGUGUACCCCAACAACUGGUGGAUGCCUGGUAACGCAGUUCGCCGUGCACACGUCCGUGCACACAUCGAUAUCGGAGAUCCCAGUACGCCUGGCUACGCAUCUAGGCCACAUCUGACGGCAGAGAACAGAUACGACGACGUCGGUACUCGUAUGCUGCCGGUUCUUUCGCAGCCAAUUGGGUACAACGAUGCGGACAAGAUAAUGAGGCUUUUCCGGGGACGAAGCUGCCCGAACAACUGGAAGCCAAUGCUUUCAUCAGACUGUGUUAUAGGCGACAGCGACAACGUACAAGCUCAAAUGACAAUUACAAACAAGCUCUAUCUUAAGAAGAUACACAACGUCAUCGGCUACAUCACCGGAGCUGUCGAGCCUGACCGCUACGUGCUCGUUGGUGUUCCUUCUGACUCUUGGGCCACGGGAGCUGUUUCCCCAGGAACGGCAACAGUUCAGGCUCUGGAACUUUCCCGCAUUUUCAGCAUCCUGAGGACGAAAAAAAGCUGGCACCCACGACGAACGAUCGUCUUUGCUGCUUGGGACGGGCAGCAAUUUGGCUCCAUCGGUGCUACCGAAUUCGUCGAGGCACACCGACACAAGACAAUGACGCGGGCGGUUGUAUACAUCAACUCUGACAUGUGUGCAUCAGGAGGACAAUUCUUGCUGACAUCUUCUCCAGCGCUGAUCGACUCAUUCGUCAAUGUCUCCGCUGUGGUGCCACAUUUUACGAGCCCAAAGGAAUCUUUCUACAACGUCUGGAAGAAGGAUUCCUCCACUAUCAUUCAGAAUGGGAAACCAGAAUUGCCAUCACUGAGGAAUACAGGCGGUUCCGUGCCUUUCGUCCAAUACACAGGGUUACCAUCACUGGACGUAAGCUUUGGGAACAAUCACAGCCGAAGUCAGUACUACCCCGCACUAGGAACAAGGUACGACACUUUUGAUCUCGUCGAGAAUUUCAUCGACCCGGGCUUCAAGGUGCAGCACUCGUGCACCCAGAUCAUGGCUGUACUCAUUCGGCGCUGGGCCGAUGUGGCUGUUCUUCCUUACGACCUACAGCAGUUGAGGGAUCAAAUGUACGCCGGCUUCGAACAGGUGCGAAGAACUCAUCGUGGGAUUCUGCGAAAAUGGCAUCUGAGCCUAGAACCAGUUCAAGCUGCUGUGUCACAGCUAGGAGAAAGUUUGGAGGUAUUUUACGAGGAAGUGACGAGACGCACGACUGAUAACCCAUUGUUCGUGAGGACAGUGAACGACAUGCUGCUCAAUUUGGAACGCGCCUUUGUGCAGCAGGAAUUGGGCGGACCCCCUGGUCGAGCGAGGAACGUCAUCUAUGGCUCGUCUCGUACCGACAAGACCCGCCUCUCAUUCUUUCCCACCUUGAUGGACGCACUCUUCGAGCAGAAGAGUAUCGAGGAUCGCCUGGUGGAGGCAGUUCCCACAGCCAUCAUCAGCGUCGUGUAUGCUCUCCAGCAGGCUGCCCACUUCAUUGACAUCAGCAAUCCCUUGUGACCUUCCAAGGUUGACUUCGGUUGCAGUGUAGCUCUCAUUACACGAAACGAAGUAAAAUCAACCCCUAGCAGGA